ACCAGCAGGGUGACAUCCGCUAUUCUGCUUCUUUACCCCCGCACUGUUCCUCAGGACUUCUCUGGACCAAAGCCUUUUGCCCACCAUGGCCCCUUCAGGUGUCAUCCUGCUCCUUCUUUUGCUCCCAGGUUCCUGUUCCGGAUGUGGGCCCCUCUCUCUGCCAGUGCUGGCAGGCCUCAUGGCCGCCGACGCGCUGGUGUCGCUGUUCAUCAUCGCAGUCGUGUUUGCGUGUGCUUGCCCGCGCCACCGGCCCACCCUAGAAGAUGACAAAGUCUACAUCAACAUGCCUGGCAGGGGCUGACCCCCCUGUAAGUGAAACCUUUGAUGUUGGACCCUCUCAUCCUGCAUCGUGUGCUGCCACACAGGAAACGCACUCCCCACUUUGGGGUGGAAUAAAGCUAUUGAACUACC